UUUUUUGUAGGUUGUUUGAGUAAAACUAAACUAGAGUAAAAGAUGCAAUUAGGCUGUAGGGUUCUCAUAUUUAAGGAGGAAGACAUGGAGAUCAAGUGAUAAGAAUGUUUCUGCAUUCAGUAGUUGAUCAACCGUAUCAUCAAUGCGAAUUAUGUGUGCUUGAGACAGGAGAAUAUUUGUGUAUAAAAGUCUAUUCAGUUCAUUGGAUUUGAUUCCUGAAUCAACCAAAAAAGAAGAAGAAUGCUAGCGCUCCAGAGAGCGGUCCGGCGUUUCCACGCCAUCGCUGGGGCUCCACCUCUCACCAGAUUCUCUCUCCAUGCGCCUAAAUAUAUAGAGGCGGAGUUUGGCAAUGGGAGUGUGUUCAAUUUGUCAGCUGAGUUCUUAAGAGUUCACAGUCCAGCUGUUGAUGCCAAAAUUAGGUCCAUUGCUGGUGAAAAGGUGAUACCGGGACACCGUCUUGUGGGCAUCGUGUCUGCAGAACGUUAACCUGUAGGAAACUAUGGGGUGAGGAUUCUUUUUGAUGACUGGCAUGAGACUGGCAUUUAUUCGUGGGAAUACUUGUAUCAUCUGGGAAGCAACAAGUUCAGCCUUAUGAGAAGUUAUAUCAAAACUCUCAACAAGUAUGGACUCAGACGGGAUCCACCUACAAGGAAAUGAUUUAGGCUCUGUUGCUUCAUAACCCAUGGCGACCGAUCUACAGCCGGCUGCUGAUUAAUUUAUAAUUGAAGCAGCAUUAGUGGGGAGGGUGAUGCAGCUUGUUUUAUUUUGUAUUUCAUUGCUUAGACCCAUCGAGUUAAAGAGUAGUGAAGUGAUUUAAUCAGUUGUUUUUGUAGUCUUAUGUCACCGCAAUGCUCAUGUUAACCAGUUGAGUUUGAUUUAGUUGUCAG